AUGUCCGACUUCACGCCCCGCAAGCGCUCUCGCGCUGCAUGUUUAUCCUGUCAAUCCCGUAAGCGCAAAUGCUCAGGCGAACAGCCCUGCGCAACAUGCAUCCAAGCAGGUGUAGACUGCCACUACAGCACUGCCCCGCGCAAAAAGCGCCCCAGGUCCAAUAGCGCAUAUCGGGCACCUUUACCCUCACUAGAUGAAUCGCAAAGACGCGCAGAUGGAUUAUCCCAUUUUGCACCCAAGCCUGUCAGUGCUGCAGGUAGCACGACAUCUCCCGCUUCAUUCAACUGGACAGAUGAAUCGCGGGGAAUGAGUCACUCUCUCGAGGCCAAUUCCGGAGCAGCAUUUGUUCGCAAGCUUGGACUUCGCAUUGAUCCAGCUCGUGCACCAAGAUUGCAUCUUUUUGCCUGGAAUGUUGGCGAGAGACGACUAUCGCCUGCGUUGGCAGCGCGCGAGAUCUCUGUUUCGGCACCGGGGUUUAUCACCAAGUUGCUCUCACAGGAAGAUAUGUGCCACCUGACAGCUAUCUAUUUUGAGAAGGUCGAUCCAUGUUAUCCGUUUCUAGACCGGCUUAAUGUCCUUUCACGGAUUGCUCAGCGUUGGCAAUCACCGCUAGAUUUGUCAGAGCAACCUUAUGAUGCUGUUCUAUAUGGAAUUGCAGCAUUUGGAUAUUUGUUUUCUCGCCGCGAAAUCAUAGUAACGGAGCUCCAGCUCGUCGAGGGAGCACAUAAAAUACUACAAAAAAGUGUCAUAGGUGCUGAAUCACCUUCAAUCGACGCGAUAGCUGCAUGGGUUCUUCGCGCCGCCUACAUGCGAAUGACAGCUUCUCCACACGCCGCAUGGAUGGCUAGCUGCACAUUGAUGCACCUAAUCGAGGCUGCGGGUCUACAUCUCGAAUCUCCAGACCCAGAAUCAAAUCUAAACUCAGAUUCACAGCAAAUAUCAAGUACCACCAUCAAUCCUCAAUCAAAAUCCACAGAAACCAAAAACAUCCUAGAUACCCGCCGCCGUCUCUUCGGCAUGGCCCGACAUCUAAACACAUGGAUCUCAUUCGAUCUAGGCCGUUCCCGCGUCCUCCUCCACGGCGCAUCGCAACCAAUCCCACUAUCUCAGGACAAAACCACCCGCGCCUCACUCUUUCAUCUCCUCCCCCUAUCAGAAAGUCUAGACCCAACAACCUCAUCUCAAUCCCUACCAACACUCGAAUCAGCCCUGAAAUCCGUCCUAGAUCUUUCAUACUCUACAUCAUCUCUAAUUCUCGUCCAAACAAACCUAACCCUCUGCAUCUACCGUCGCGUCCGCGCUAUAAAUGCCCACGCCCUCUUACCACAAGACCUAGACCGCGUCUUAGCCCUAGCGCAGCGGGGUCUUCGCGCCGCGCGACAUAUGGUCCUCGCCUCUUCGCCAUGGCAUCAAGUUGCUAAUGUGCCGUUUCAAGUUGUCUGUACCCUUUUGGCAAUUGAUAGUCGGCCUGCGUUAGCGCUUUUACCAGAUGCCAUGGCGACGUUGGGGGAGGUUUUAGCUGCGUAUGAUACGGCGAGUAUGCGGGAGGCGUAUUCGACGGCUUAUUUGCUUGUUGCGAUGCAUCAGCGUAGGAAGGAGGAUGACACGAGGGCUUUGGGUGAUGUUUUGAGGGCCAAUGCUGCAGCUGCUGUUGCGCAGCCGCUUCCAAGGGAGGAAGUGAACAGGAGGGUUGAUGCUGUGGUGGCGAGGGCAGGAGAGGGCGAAAGAGUGGAUGAGCAAGUGCAGAUACCGGUGCCGCGGACAAUGGAAUUUGGGCCGGUUUCAGAUGCUGAAGUUUCUUGGUUGGGGGAUUUGGUGAUUGAUAUACCUAGUUUGCAGAAUUUUGAUAUUGAUCAGUUUCUUAUGACGGAUGUGCCUUGGCCGUGGCCUGAAAUGGGGAUUUAG